UGAUUUUGCGAAGCAAAAGUGAAUUCGUGAUCUUUUUAAAAAGUGAUUAAACAUUAUUUUGAACGAACAGUAUACAUAUAUAAAAAAUUUACAGACAAUUUUUUCUGUUCUGUUCUGAAAUAUUUUUCUGUUUCUGUUUUAAAACACAUUUUUUUUCAGUAGAUAUACAUAUGUAUAUAUGAUGUACAUAAAAUUGUGAAAUCGAAAAUGGCAAAAUUAGCACUCGAGCUUCUCACACUAGAAAACAAUGUUUUCAAAGCGUAUCUCUUUUGGUCCGCAAUUUUAGUGUUGAAAAUGUUAUUCAUGUCGCUGUUGACGGGAUUCAUGCGUUUCAGAACAAUGACCUUCAUCAAUGAGGAGGAUAUACUCGACAAACGACUCAAGGUGAAAUAUAACGAUCCAGAUGUGGAGCGAGCACGCCGAGCGCAUCGCAACGAUCUAGAGAAUAUUCUGCCAUUUUUCACCAUUGGCCUCUUGUAUGUGCUGCUAGAUCCCAAUGCUACUUUGGCCAUCAAUUUGUUCCGAGCCGUGGGCAUCUCACGCAUUUUACACACCUGUGUUUACGCCAUUGUUCCAGUGCGACAACCGAGUCGCCUCUUAGCUUUUCUUGUCACCGUCUUCGCCACCAUCUACAUGGCUUGUGAAGUAGCUCGAGCCGUGUAUGGCGACAGAUCAGUAAAUUUUACCGGUCGUAGACAUUUUUAUAUAUUUUCUAGAAAAUUAAAGAAGUUUAGUCAAAGUAAAAUGGCGGCAAAAGAUUUGAUAUCGUUUGAUAAUGAAGUAUUCAGUGCCUAUGUCUUCUGGUCGGCAGUUUUGGUUCUAAAACUUUUGUUCAUGUCAUUGCUGACGGCAAUUCAACGCUUCCGGACAAAGACCUUCGCCAACCCCGAGGAUUUGAUGGACAAACGCCUUAAAGUGAAAUUCGAUAAUCCCGAUGUUGAACGCGUGCGCAGAGCUCAUCGCAAUGAUCUGGAAAACAUUUUGCCAUUCUUCAUCAUUGGCUUCCUCUACGUACUGAUCGACCCAACCCCUGGUCUGGCCAUCAAUCUCUUCCGCGCUGUGGGUAUUGCGCGCAUUGUGCACACAAUUGUCUAUGCUGUUGUUGUUGUACCACAACCCAGUCGCGCAUUGGCAUUCUUCGUUGCUUUGGGUGCAACAGUCUACAUGGGCUUCCAGGUAGUGAUUGCCGACUUGUAAAAAUGCCUUGUGUACUCUAAGCUAUGAUUUUCACUCUCAGGAGUGUGUAUUGUAAUAAUAUUACUAAUUUAGUUAAGAAAUUUGUACAAUAAUUUUUUGUAGUUAAAAAAUUGUAAAAAAAAUUUCUUUCAAA